AGCAUUUUUUUUUCACUUCAUAAUAUGAUAAUGAAUGCAGGGUCCGGGGAGACCAGAUAUAGUGAAUGCAGGGUCCGGGGAGACCAGAUAUAGUGAAUGCAGGGUCCGGGGAGAGCGGAUAUAGUGAAUGCAGGGUCCGGGGAGAGCGGAUAUAGUGAGUGCAGGGUCCGGGGAGACCGGAUAUAGUGAAUGCAGGGUCCGGGGAGACCGGAUAUAGUGAAUGCAGGGUCCGGGGACAGCAGAUAUAGUGAAUGCAGGGGUCUGGGGAGAGCGGAUAUAGUGAAUGCGGGGUCCAGGGAGAGCGGAUAUAGUGAAUGCAGGGUCCGGGGAGAGCGGAUAUAGUGAAUUCGGGGUCUGGGGAGA